AAUCCAGGUUCGGAUUGUAUUUGAAUUCGGGCGUUUAAUUGUCGUGUUGCAUUUGAGUUUUUAAACUUCCCCAGGGUUCGUGGAACGAUAUCCUUUGCCGGGAAGCCUUUUGUUUAUUCUGUUUCAGGUGAAGAACAUGUCUGGUGGCUGAUGCAGCAGCGAUGUUCGUGUUCUUAUUGCCGGGGAUUAAAAUGUCCAUCGUUUGAAGUCUGCGUGUCCUCCAAAUACAAGGAUUGACUUUUGCCCGUAUCUGUUGUGUGACAGAGAUCCUUGAUGUUGUAUUCCGUGUGUGCACUGAAAUUAACGUGGUGCUUUGCGAGAUUCUUCCACGUGAUUUUGAUGUGAGAAUGUUUCCCAAUGGCCACUCUCAGGGGCACAGUUGAGGAACUACUGCCAGUGGAUAAGGAGUGCAAACAGCAUGCUGUGGGAACUGAGUCACCAUGUGCCUUCUGUGAGAUACAUGGACAAAUGAGCAAAUAAACAGAAGUCCCUGUACUUGUCCCAUGAUGGACUACAUCUGAGUGCUGAAGGGGCUAGGAGGUGUUAAGCAUCCAUACAGGACGACCUGCCAAACCAGCUGUGUGUUGAGGCUGCUGUUCAAGAUCCUACAGAAUGGCCAGCUCUCUCAGCCACGGAAGUACCGGUUCAGGAGCAUGACAGAACCAUAGCACUCUUUUCGGAUAUUGUGCAGACUCUUCACAGUUUCUGCCUGUUUUUACGCCACAAGGACUCGCUGAAGAACAAUGCUAUUCAAACCAUUAUGAACGGCAUCACCAGCUGCAAGCUGGGACUCAAGGUGGACUACCAGGCGGCAGAGCUGACAAAAAUAGGGGGGAAGAUCAUGUACACCGGCGUGUUGAAGCUGGACACAGUGUUCCUGGCACGCGCCAUACAUUCCAACAAGAAGGACCUGAAGCAGGAGGUAUUCCAGAAGGCGUUGAACGUGAUGCUGUCAGAGACAGUGCAAGCUAUUUACAACCUUGUGGAUCCCGGGAAAGACGCCAUCAAAGAAGAAUUAGACCAACAGUUGUACAAGGAAAAGACUACAGACGGUGAGAAGACAACAAAAUCUGUGGCUGGCAUUGACAUCAUGGCCAUGUUGCAGUCCAUCAUUACUGUUCUCAAAAACAUGAAGAAUCCCCCUGACAACCCCAUCUCAACAUUGGAACAGGCUACCACACAGGCUCACAGCCUUAUCAAGAUGGAGUACCAGCCAACGCCUGUGGUACUGUCCAACUCUCGACAAUACUUCAUGGCUGCCCUGACAUUUGGUCCCACGGUAGUAGGGCGAGGGUGGGGUGUGACCAAGAAAGAGUGCAAGCUGAACACGUACCAGAGUGCGAAGGACCGACUGGAGACCAAAACCCUUGAUGAACUCGGGGACUCCAUGGAGCCCAUAGAAAUACCUGAAACGGAACAUCAUCUGCCAUUCACAGCCAAAGCCAACGUGUCCAAGCUGAGCAUUGAAGAGAGGUUCCAGGCUCUUGUACAGGCUCUCGCUGGCGGUGCCACAUCACCUAGGCAAACCACCCACAACCAGAUUGAUGUAUUCUCUCUCCAAAACAACCUCAUUCCCAUGCUUGUGGUCAGGAAGGCCCACGAGAACGAUGACGAGGACAAAACCAUGAUCGCUGAGCUGUAUAUUGAGAAGAUCCUCAUUGCAUCUGUUGAAGGACAGAAAAAGCGUGACUGCUUUCACCGAGUGUAUGACCUGGCCGUUGAUGUGCUGACCAGCACGCCCUCCGAGCAGAUCCUCAGCCAGCACAAGAGGAUCACAGAUGAGGAGGUGAAGGACCCCAGGCUACUGGACCUCAUCAUAAAGGGAUCUGCACGUACGGUGGAAUCGAACGCCAGCACCCUGAAGAGGAUUGGUUCCAAGCUGGACGACGUGUUGACUCGGGACUGGCGAGAUCUCGUGAUCCUCGAGAACCAGGAUUGGAUGCAGGACCGAGAGCGUAACGCGUUCUGUAUUCUGCAGUUCAGCUGCACCCAGAACAACCUGCUCCUGCAAUGAGAGUGUGACUGCGUGGAAAAAUAUUUCAGAUGCAUGGUUAGCAUACAGAAGCAGUUGAUGGGGGAAAGCUAUGGCUCCAACAAGGUAGCUGCAAGAAAUCUAGCCUGUGCAGACGCCCUUUUUAAACUGUACGAAACCCAGGAAGUGUUGUGCAUGUCGCAACGGCCCGAUGACCAGC